AUGUCUGCCGUUGCGAAUGUUAGACUACACUCUGUGGGGAAUCUUCAGGUUGAACAUGGUGAGAUUGUAGACUCAUAAAUUGCUAGUGCAGUUUGUUUAGGUGAUUUUAGAGCUAACUAGCUGCUUUACAUGCUGAUAUUGUCUUUGGUGUUAUUGUGUGUAGCUAUGUUUGCUAGCUAGCCAGCCAGCCAGCCCAUAGGUAGAGCAUUGCAUUGUGGAUUUUGUAGUCGACUUGAGCUGCAACAGAGUUUCCAUGUUGCUACCAACCUUAUUAUAACUCCAAAAUGAAACAUUUGUUCACAAAAAAUAUUUUUCUGACAUAUUAGAUGUUAUUUAACACUGUAAAUUAAAGGAAUGAGUGGUUUUGGGUGGAUUUUUCCAUUAAGAAUUGUGAAUUUAGCAUUUAAAAUUUUGCCAGCAAUCCUUUUAACUAACGGGCCGACUGCAUGCUAUAUGACACCUACCUUUUCUCUCCCCCAUCUGUGUUUCCUGGUAACACCUUGUUCCAGCUGCGUAUCAACACUAUCUACAAUGGAAUGCACUUACACUUUUCCUCCUUCCUCUCCGCACCUGUAUUCACACUUCCCAUGUUUUCCCUUUUCUUUCUUUCCCUUCUUCCCUUUCUUUUCCCCCCUUUUGUCUGCCUGUCUGUCUGUCUGUGCAGGUGACUUCUAUUCCCUUCUGUCCAAACUCCUAGGCGAGAGCGAGGGCGUAGUCCACGUGCAUAAGUAUACGCCCGGCGAGGCGCAGAGUGCCCAGGCGAAGCUGGUGGCUCAGAUUGAUAGCAUAAUGCAAAAGAAGGACCUGGGUUGGCCCAGUCCCAGGCUAGACUUCCUGGACAGAGAGGAUUCUAUACUGGUGAGGGACAGAGUGCACAAGUUUCACCAGUUAGAGGCUACGGCCAGGCCUCCUGGGAGCAAGCUAAUGCCAGCUAACGCUAACGCCCUGGUCCAGAUUGACGAUGAUGAAGAAGGUGGGUUUUCCCGGGGGGGAGAUCGGACAUGUUUGGAAGACGUCUUUUUGCUUUGGCAUGUUUCAAUUCCAAGGCAUGCCCUUUUGUGAUAUAUAUUUUUAAAAUGUCCAUGUCCUCCCAUUUCAUUGCGCUCAUUAAUCAGUUAUUGUUAGGGUUCGCAAUAAUAACGCAGUGUUGGCGCUGUGGCCUACAUGCUGAUGAGACUGGAGGUGUAGCUGGUCCAGGGAAACCUUUAGGCUCUGAACGAACUGGUUCAGAUUAAGAGACAUGCAGGAAACGCUGAUUCCAGACCAGCGUUUAGCGUGCCACUGGAGCAUAUGUGCCCAAUUUCGGCUCAAUUCCCAGAGGUGAUUUGAUUGAUUGAUGAUUUAAUUUAUUAAGACACAUUUUUUUAUACAUACAGUACCUAAGGGCGCACCAGCCGGUGACGCCGCCACAUACAAUUUAAGAAAAGCAUCCAGGAUAAUACAAUAAAGCUUAAAAGCUUAUUUCCAUUGUGGUCCUUUUGGAGAGGGGGAGGGAGGGUACAAUUUAAAGGAGUUGAAAUAAGACUAGAUUUCCUGGUGUGCUUCUUCUCCCUUUGUUCGUUACAUCCCUCCUCUCUUUGUAGUUUAAAACAGAACUUGCUGACAUCUGCAAAAAAAAAUCUAAUUGAACAUUUCGCUUGAGUAAGUUCCCUUACUCAAUAAUUUAUUUUUUUAAAUUUGUAUUUUUUUGUGUGUGUCUUUUGUACCAACCAGCUGCUGGCGGGGCGGAGCUCUUGUUGUGACUUGCUCAAUUCCAGUUUCCAUGUCAAAUCUCAAAACGACAUCAGGAAUAUGUCCUAUCGGCCCACCCGUCCCAGGUCUAUCAAUCCGCUGUGGAAAUCCAAUUACCAACACAAACUGGUGUGUAAAUUAAUUGGAUUUCAUGCAUCUGUGCUCCUGUUUUAAGGGGACGGUGGAGAGAAGACCGGUUGUAGCCCCUUGUUGUCUCCUGGCCAGCCUCUAACCAACUAAUUGCCGUUCCUCUCCACAUCAUACCGUGAAUUAUUCAUACAGCAGAGAGGCUUUCAGCUGUUUGUCUGGUGCCCCAGUCGUGCCUUUGAGUGCAGAAACCGCCUAGGGAAGUUAGCCAGCCAGCGUGGAAUGGAGUUGCAGGCAGGGAAUGUUGGCAUAUUGAACAUCGACUGGGUCAUGUGGUAUUUGAAGAUGUAAAUCUGUGUUUUUCUAUGAAAGAGGACUUCAGGGAAAUACCAGUAGGAUAUUUGAAAAGGGCUUAUGUUCUAUAUCACGUCUUCAUAAGCACUAUGUAAGCCCUGCAUAAACACUUUACAUAAUCAUUCAUUGCUUGUCAUGAAUAUAGUUGAAGUAAACUUUUUUGUUGUUAAUGUGAAACCCUUUUAAGGCUUUGGCUUACCGACUUUUCAACCACGUUUUAAGCACAAACUAAAUCCACUCAAUGGCUUAAACAAUUUUGACUGAAAAUGCCAUCCCCGCGACAUGAUACAUACUUUUCAAUCUUCGAUCCGUUUUAAUAAGGCGAAGAAGUGAACUGUGGUGUUCUCUACGCCUAAUUCUUUAUCCAGUGCUGGUGUUUACGUUCAACUGGACGUUUUACCCUUUGACCCCAUUUACAGUACAAUAAUGCCUUCUAGCCAAAUGUAGUUCCAACCUACAAAAGGCUCCAUUCACAAAGUCUCUCUUGCAGCCAUUGACGUUGUUUUGUUUUUAUUUAUCAGAAGUUUACCGUGUAUGUUUUUGGUUGUGUGCGACAUGCUCACGCUUAAUUAUUCUGUAGAUUAAUAUGAUUACUUGCAUCAUUACAUGUUAUUGCACUCUGCUCUGUCUUAUUAGUCCUAUAAUGAAAACCUCAAUGUGGUUUCAUUUCAUUAGUUAAACUGUUGCAGUUAAUUUUUAUCCAACGCUACCAAUUUCGAAAAUGUUUUUUUUGGUCGAGGGCCAUAAGACAUGCUAAACAUAAGCUUUGUCUCAUUAUGUGUUUACAUAUUUCUAGUAAUGGUCUAAAGUGAAUGGAGUCUUCGACCAAGUUACCAUACCAACGAGAGAAGAGGACGAGCAGGAACAUCAGCUAAAUGUGAAUAGAUUUCAGGCUAAUGCGUCAAUAGUAGUCAGUAAAUGUGUUUACAUACACUUCCUUUAGUCUCACUGCAACCUUUUUUUUUUGAGCUCAGCGGCCUAUCAUCCUCCACUGUCCUCUCAAGCAAUUCAAAAAUGGUGGCCUGCUGAAUGCAGAUGUUUUUUUUUAUGUUUCUUUCAUUUCCCAUUGAGGUCAGGAUACUUAUUUUACAAGGGAGACCUGGCAAUGUACAGUGUGUGUCAAAUCAUUCCACUUUAGAUGAAUCCACACUAUUAGCAGAUUAUCUAGAUUAGGAAACAGUGGGUGAUGACGUGAGAAAAGAGAUCAUUGCACCGCGCGGCUAGGAAUCUCUUUGGUUUACAUUCACCCAUACUAUUGAACGUCUUGCCAGAUGUCAUUUUCCUCUCCUUUGAAAUGACCCUGUGGCAUUGUUAAGCUGACCACAGGUUCCUGGCGUUCCUCUGUGUGUGUGUGUGUGUGUGUGUGUGUGUAGGGUACCAUCUGGAGGAGGUGACGGACUGGCCGGAGAGCCCACUCCAGCUGGGUCAGGUGUCCGGUUUGGCCCUGGACUCAGACGACAACCUGGUCAUCUUCCACAGGGGAGACCACCGUUGGGGGGUCAAGUAA